AUUUUUUUUUAACAGCUAUUUCUGGGCUUCUUUUCUUUUCCCCUUCUCAUCUUUUUGCUUUUUCUCUUUCCUUCCCUUCCCCUUCCUUUUUUCCCUUUUUUUUUUUGACAAAAAAAAGAGUUAAUACUUCAAUGCGGUACCUGUCCCUUGCGCUCAGUUGCGCCGUUUCUUGGUUCGCUUUGGACGUGGCUACUGCUGAACCGGUUUCAGCUGGUGGUGUGAGUCCUGUUCGCUUACCUUUGCGUUACAUCAAUCGACAGGGAUUGCCACCCUCACACACUAUCUGGAAGAGAGCUGCCGAUCCCGCCAAUAACGCCACCGCCACGGAAGGGACCGCCCUGUUACUCAACGACGUGGAAUUAUUGGAAUUGGCGGUGAACGUACACAUCGGCACACCACCUAAACCAUUUUUACUGCUUUUCGAUACUGGCAGUUCGGAUACCUGGAUUCCCUCGGCUGAAUGUACCGCAAACCGCGGCUGUCUGACAGAUCAUCAUUAUGUUACAGCAGAAUCGUCCACAUACCAUGGCACCAAUCAUACAUUCAAUAUCACUUACGGUACAGGCAGUGCAUUAGGUGACUAUUUUGUGGAUCAAAUCACCGUUGGCAAUUUGUCGUUACCCGCGCAAGUGAUGGCCAAAGUCGAUAGCAACCUGGGACCCAUUGCAGAACAGAAUCCCGCGUUUCCCUAUAUUCUGGAUGGCAUCUUUGGUGCAGGAUACCCGGCGGGCACCAUCAUGUUUCAGCAUGACCGACAAACUUAUUACCCAUUCCCUAUGUCUCUCUGGAAAGCGAACUUGAUUCCAGCUCCCUUAUUCUCAGUUUACGUUGGUGAAUCGCGUCAAUCAGAAUGGGUUGGCGAAGUCAUUUUUGGUGGCAUUGACGAAUCAAAGAUCGCUGGCGAAAUGGUGUACACGGAUGUGGUUCCGUAUACCUUGAGAAGUACCAAUGAAACGAUCCAUAUGCGUUGGAGCGCUUUCGUUCAAGGAUUCCAGUAUCAGAACAGCACCAACAGCGUCAAUUUUAGAUUCACUCAAAGCACGCCAUUCGUCGUUGACACGGGUUCCAACUUUAUUUACCUUCCUGCGGGUUUGGCCAACGAACUAGCAAGAACAAUCGCACCGGAAGUCACCGUUGAAGGAUCCCAUUACAUUGUUGACUGUUCUCAUCAACACAACACAGAUCUUAUCAACAUUUUCUUCCCUGCUCAAGCCGGUCCUGAAGGUCCCAGUGGCACAUCGGUGUACAUGAGUGUGCCUGUGUCCAAACUUGUCGGCCAACGAAGCUCCGACGGCAAAUGCUUAUUUUUGUUCACGCCCUCAAGAAAUUUUAUUCUCGGCAACAUGAUCCUGCGCAACUUUGUGACAGUUUACGAUUUUGGCAAUAACCGCAUUGGUUUUGCUCCUUUGGCGCCUACCCCAAAAUCAGAUAACCGCUUCAAUAACGCCCUUUAGAUCCAAGAACUGGUCUUCUUACUCUUAAAAACGUUUUACCGAUAAUUUAUUUCUUUUUUUGUAUUACUCUAUACCAUCCAAUUUUAAAGUUAUCACAUCUGUUAAAAAGCUGUAUGACUUUUUUUUGGCAGAGAUUAACAAAGAGUGUCUGUUGAGUUUAAACUUCACAAUUUACAUCUCCGAUUUUUUACAGAUCGGGAAUACAAAAAUUGAAUUUCAGUACACGUAAAAAUCAAAGAUGAAUACAGACCAUGUUAGUGAAUUCGUUUUAAAAAUAAAAAGAUCUGUCAUUAUAGAUUAUAUGAUUAAAAAUAAUAUUAAAAGUAUAAAUAUAG